AUGGGAGAAAAGAUGUUACCAAUUGGUGUUUUCUGGGAUAUAGAAAAUUUAAAUGUGCCCAGGUAUAAAUCAGCUUUUAAUGUUGUACAGAGAAUAAGAGAGAGAUUUUUUGCUGGGUAUCGUGAAGCCGAGUUUAUGUGUGUAUGUGAUAUUAAUAAAGAAAGUAAAGAUGUGAUAGCUGAACUCAACUCUGCUUCUGUAAAUGUAGUGCAUAUAGAUGCAAUGGGCAAAAAUGCAGCAGAUGACAAAAUAAGACAUAGCUUGCGUAGAUUUUCUGACACCCAUCCCCCACAUACACGAAUAAUUCUUAUUUCUGGUGAUUUUAAUUUCAUUUCUGAUAUAUCGGACUUGAGACACCGUAAAAAUUAUUAUACUAUUUUACUUCAUGGAAGACUAACAAAUGAGUCACUAAGUAGUUGUGCUAACGAAUCUCAUGUUUAUGAUGAACUUAUUGAAACCAUACCAUACAGAACACCUUCAAGGGGUCCUGAAAAGCAUGCAGAGUUAGAGAUUCAUGGAUUUUGGAAAGAUUCAUCUCAAAAGCAAAUUCAUGCUAGAUUAAAACAGUUGUCCAAUAAUUGUGGUGGACGUGUCAUGUCUGUCACUCAAAAUUAUGCUGUACUCAGAUUUGCCAACAAAGAAAGUUCUUUACGAGCUAAAAAAAGAAUGGAUGGGGAAAAAGUUUUUGGAUUUAAGAUUACAGCUUCAUUUCCUGGAGAAGAAGUCCUUACUUCAAGGAGUGGUAAGUCAGCCAUUUUGCCUUGA